AGAUAAGAAAGCUGAGACUUUCUUGCAUCGUAUAAAUACGUCGAGGCUUGAAAAAGUUCAUUCAUCAUCGUUAUCGUCUCCAAGUCUCUCCUCUCUAUAGGAGGAAGAGAACACAAUCUCCAAAGAAUGGGGAAAUACGCGGAGCUGUUGGAUGCAGGCGUGAGAAUAGCGGCGAGGUUUCACUCUCACUGUCCUCAGACGGCGCGUCUCUAUUACCAUCCUCCUUCCGACAACCACCACCAUCACGGCGUCACCGACUUAAUCGGAGGUGGGGUUUUCAGUGGUUCGGGUCAAGAUUCGACCGGGUUGGUAGGUGGGUUAGGAACCGGAACUGCUGCUAGUUGCGGUCUAAAGCCUUCUCAAGGAUGAGUAAAGAUCCACGUCUUUGUUUCGUGUCAAAGAGUUUGGGACCUCUUUACAGUUUCAGCUGACUCCAUCCUUUCAACGAUCCAUACAAAGGUUGAGACUUUUUGAAACCCACAAUGUCUUGGAUCUCUAUGCAUGGUGUUACAACUUUGACUUUGUCAGACUCCAUUUCCUUCAGAUGCUGGCUGCCAUAGACGCAUGCGCUCAAAGAUUUCUUUUUUGGCGCGUCUACCUUUAUGUAUUCGUCAAAGAAACCUAUCAGUUCUACCUUCUUUAGCUCUCUCAGCGCAGCCACCUAACCACAAAUAAAACCCCAGUGAGCUAUAUGAUAUUAGCUACGAAGAAGGCAAGGUUUAGAGCCAUUUUCUCUGAUUGAAAGAUGGAAAAAGUAUGUUCAUAUGGUACCUCUGCAUCUCUACGG